AUGCCAGGGAGUGCCUGCCUCGGCGUGGCCCGGGGGUCCUUGGCGACCUGGCUGCUGGUAGGCCUCUGGGUCUGGGCGCUGGGCAGCCUCUGUGGGCUGGGGGCUGCGGCGCCGGGUGCCUGGGGCUUUCCAGGGGAGCCAAGCCCGUGCCAGGCGCCACUGCAGUGGGAGGGGCGUCAGGUUCUGUACCUGCAGAGCAGCGGCCGCUACAGCCGCGCCCUGAUCUCCUACGACGGGCUCAACCAGCGCAUCCGGGUGCUGGACGAGAGGAAGGCGCUUAUCCCCUGCAAGAGAUUAUUUGAAUAUAUUCUCCUCUAUAAGGAUAAAGUGAUGUUUCAGAUUGAACAAGCCACCAAGCAGUGCUCAAAGAUUACCCUGCUGAACCCCUGGGAUCCGCUCGACAUCCCUCAGAACUCCACCUUUGAAGAUCAGUACUCCAUAGGGGGGCCUCAGGAGCAGAUAAUGGUCCAGGAGUGGUCCAAUCGGAAAUCAGCCAGAUCAUAUGAAACCUGGAUUGGCAUUUAUACAGUCAAGGAUUGCUAUCCUGUGCAGGAAACCUUCACCAGAAAUUAUAGUGUGAUGUUGUCCAGCCGCUUUUUCGACAUACAGCUGGGUAUUAAAGAUCCCUCCGUGUUCACGCCACCCAGCACAUGCCAGACAGCCCAGCCCGAGAGGAUGAGCGAGGACUGCCCCCUGUGACUUGUCCACACAGAAGCGACAUCAUCACGCAUCACAUGCAGGGACCCCAGCUGGAAAGUGAUUUGUGAUUUGAGGAGAUGAGAAUUGUUACUGGAAAUAACUACAAUAAUUUUAGGAAGAAUGUGUGGUUUCUGUAUGUAUGAUUUUGACUACUCAAGCUAUGUUUACAAAAUGAAAUUGAAUGACGAAUCUAUGGUAAUGUGAGCUGAAUAGAUGGCUGCUAUGAAUACUUCCGAUGUUUCUAAAGCCUACAUGAGUUCUGUUUAUAUGGGUGUGCAGGUAUAUACUAAAUGCUGUGGUAUACAAAGGGGUAAGGCAUUAUAGGAGCACUUUGUCAUGGCAGGAAGGAGUAUUUUAUUACCAACAUUGUUGAAAAUUGAUGGCACCUGGUGAUGAUAAAAAACAGAAUGAUUUUGGUCAGCUUUACUAUUAAGUUUUAAAUUCUCUACAGACAGAAAAAACAAAAAGACAAAACAAAACAAACAAACAAAAAAUGAUUGCUAUCAAGUAGAUUCUGACUCAUGGCAAUCUCGUGUGUCAGAGUAGAACUGUGCUCCACAGAGUUUCCAAUGACUAAUUUUUCAGAAGUAGAUCACCAGGGUUUUCUUCUGAGGUACCUCUAAGUGGACUUAAACCUCCAACAUUUGAGUUAACACCUAAACUCAUCAACUCUUUACACUACCCUGGGACUCCCUGUCUACAAUGACUCCUUUAUUUCCUGCACCAGGGUGGGGGACUGCUCCCACUGCCCCCCACCCCCACCCCUGCACUGCCUUGGCCCCUGUCAAAAUGACCCCUUAAAAUCCCUUCCAGACAUAAGAGCUUUAUGGCAUGACCCGAGUGAUAUAAACAUCUUAAAAGGAAAUGAAAAGCUAUAAUAUGAAGUAAUGAUUCCCGUAAGGAGAUAUUUUAAUCAAGAGAGUCUGGGAAAAUCUUCAUAUCUAUACCUGAGUAAGCAUGAAACAUGUGUGCUGCUUUUUUUUUCUAUGCAAGAAUAUUACUACUGCCUGUACUGAAUUAUCAAAGGCUUGUCAAUAGACCCAGAGCAACACGUAGAAUUUUAAAGACAGCAUUGAACUGGGAUCCAGGAGCCUACCUAUCCUAAAUACAGGACUAGAAUUCCCUUGCACUCCAACUCCUGGGGCUAACUAAAUGCACUAUGCUUUCCUUCACUUUGGCCUUCAAGUAUGGUCCCAUCUUCCUGGGACACAGUUCCAUGACCUCCUUGUCUGGUUGACUUCUGCCCAUCCUUCCCAGCUCUGCUCACACUUGACCCUCUUUGGGAGUCGCUCCCAAGCCUGCAUUAAGAGCACUUGGCACCUUGGGCAUGCCUUUUCUUGCAAUACUUAUUACAUUGUGUGAUAAUUUUUCACUUAUUGGACACUGUCCUCCACUAUCCUAGCUAUGAGCUUUGUGAGUACGGGUACCGUGUUCUCUUUACUUUUAUAUUCCCAGUACCAAGCAAGUGCCUGGCACACAGUGCCCUAAGUAUUUGUAGAGUGAAGAAUGCUAGCUUCUGCAGCCCUUAGUUUCCUCAUCUAUUAAAUGGGGUGGUUGGAUUUGCUGAUCUCUUCCAUUAAUAAAAAUUGUACUAUUCUAGAUUCUUCUACUUUUGUGUUUUUUAUCUGGCCAUUGAUGUUCUUUAGUUACCAGAAGAAAUGUGCAACACCUAUAUUUCAUUGAAAACAAUCUGUAUUACUCAAAAUUUAUCGAUAUUAUUUCAAUAAACAAAUUUAACUGCAUUUCAAAGUGUUCUG